CAAAAACGUAAACAAAAUAUUUUUAAUUCUAAAUUAAAAGUUUUGUAGCUAAGGAAAUAUGCUACCAAAUUUAAUUGAGCAUUUUCAUUGAUAAAUAUAUAAACAUAUAAAAAGUAUGCAAGACCUGAAAAUGGAUAAAACUUCGGCUCUAGGGUCGCCUACAAAAGGAAAAGCUGGAAAUACUACGCCACGUCCCAUUAACUCAAGUUAUAUAACCCCAAAAAAUCCUCCCCAGUACUGCCUUCUUACAUCUAAUUUGGUUCCUGCAACAACUGCUCAAGAAUCAUCUAACGAAGUAAAAAUGCAAAAUAUUGUUGCCACCGUUUCUGUUGGCUGCGAGUUAAAUCUACAAAAUAUUAAUUAUAGAACGCGAAAUUCGGAAUACAGUCCAGCUCGAUUUCAUGGUGUAGUUAUGAGAAUGCGAGAGCCACGAUGCACUGCCCUCAUAUUUAGAACAGGGAAAAUAAUUUGCACAGGAGCCAAAAAUGAAUUAGAAGCUAACUUGGGUACCCGGAAGUUCGCUAGAAUAUUACAAAAGCUGGGAUAUCCAGUAAAAUUUUUAGAUUAUAAAGUACAAAAUAUUGUAGCUACAGUAGACUUAAGAUUUCCUAUAAAAUUGGAAAACUUAAAUCAAGUUCAUCAACAGUUUAGCACAUAUGAACCUGAGUUGUUUCCAGGACUUAUUUAUAGGAUGGUAAAGCCUCGAAUGGUUUUGCUUAUAUUUGUUAAUGGAAAAAUAGUUUUUACUGGAGCUAAAUCUAGGAGAGAUAUAAACGAGUGCCUAGAAACGAUUUAUCCAAUUUUACACAGCUUCAGAAAAAAUUAAACUGUUUUAGUUUUUGUAAAAUUUGCAAUAUCUCUUGCAAUAAAAGUUUUAUAAUUUAAUAUUAAAAGGCACACAUAUAUUAUAAAUAUUUAU